AUGGAGUUUUCCGCUGGCGAGGCGGGAUGGCGCACGCUUGGAUAUCACAUCACACAGAAGAAACCAGGCGUCUCCGCUCUCCCUAUACAUGUCCCAGACGACCUCACUCACCGCCAAUAUGCCACACGACGUGGUUUACCUGCCGCCACAUCGUCCCUUCUCGACCACUACUUCGUGCGGCCUCUGGGUUUCUUCACCUUUGGCGGCGUUAUUCGUGCAUUUGAAGACUUACUCUACACCGAAUACUGGAGUCUUUUCCGCACAGAACGUUAUAACCCAUCCAGGGCUGGUCGCGCAAACUACUUCGUUGAAAGUGCCCCAAUCCAAGGCCAGGCCGUUAUGCACGUCAUCCUUCGGCAGGAAUCGAACACCCAUGUCUGCCGUCUUCAUUCCGCCAGGGUGUCUGAAGGCGAACGGUUCUACCUCAGGCGCCUGUUACAGCAUCGACCGGCUCGAUCCUACAGGAAUUUGAAAGAGGUGCGGGGUAUUGUGGCGGGCUCUUUCCAGGAAGCGGCCAUCUCCUGCGGUCUUUUCGACAACGAAGUUGAGGUGGAGUACGCAAUAACGGAGGCCGUCCAAGCGCUGUAUACGCCACGCCAGAUUCGUCUCCUCUUUGCCGACCUCCUUGUCAACGAUUGUGUCCCCUCUCUGCUGUCAAUCUGGAACAAGUUCAGGGAAAAGAUGGCGCUGGACUUAAGGCUCCAACCAUUUACUAUACAUGUACGAAAAUCCCGUACAUACAUCUAA